AUGUCAACAGGCGCCGAAGAGCCAUCAAGCACAGUUCCAGACUUGGGUGCAGAAUUAGCUACGUCAGCUAGAUCUAGAUCUGUUUCAUCAUCAGGCACCUCAUCCACAAUCAGAAAGAGAGCGAAAGCAGAAGCAGCACGUGCACGGCUCAAGUUUGCAGAGCAAGAAGUAGAACUGAAGAAACGACAGGCAAUUUUGGAGGAACAAAACGUGAUCAGAGCUGCAGAAAGAAACAGACAAAAAGGUGAAUUAGAAGCAGAGCUUGAGCUGUUAAUGGAAAGGAAAUCUCAUGCUGCAGCAGAGGCCGAAGCGCAGGUACUCGAAGACGAAGAAAUACAGUUGUUUCCCCAUAGAAGACGACCAGAAUCCCCCGGUCUACCCAUAGAAAGUGCUGUAAAUCGCACAGCAGCCUUCGUAGAGAGACACUCAGCAGCAACCAUACACACCCAACAAUCAGAUACAAGACAAAGUGUGUCAGCAGUGACAGCACCUCAGUUUUUAGAAAUUGCGCGUAGACCAGAACCCGUUCCAUCAGCAGUCACCAGUACUGAAGUACCACAAUUACCAAGAGUCUUACCAGAACAGUUGAAUCCGAAUGCCUCUGAAUUCACACCAGCUACUGAAAAUGGCAGAGAAAUGACAGGGAUAAUGAAUUAUCUACUGAAGAAGGAGUUGCUCCUCACUCGAUUAACUAAAUUUCAAGAAACCCCAGAGACAUAUGCUUCAUGGAAAGAAAGUUUUGUUAGUAUGAAGAAAGAUUUAGCACUGUCAGCAUCAGAAGAGGUAGACUUACUCAUCAGAUGGCUGGGUCCCACCAGCAGAAAGCAUGCAAUUAGUAUUAAAACAGCAAAUCCAAGUCAACCUCAGAAAGCAGUCAAAGAGAUUUGGGAAAGAUUGGAGGAAAGAUACGGUAGCCCAGAGCUAAUAGAAUCUGUCCUGAGGAAGAAAAUAGACAUGUUUCCUAAACUGACGUCAAAGGAUACACUGAAACUGUAUGAACUUUUAGAUCUCCUGUCAGAGAUUCAGGCCUUUAAAGAAGAUGAAUUGUGUGGAUUGACCCUGUCCUAUCUCGACUCAGCGUAUGACUUUACACACAAUACUUCUAUUAAAGACAGACCAAAGGAAAGAAACAUGAUAACAACCAGGAAGACUGAUGUCGCUCAAAAAGAAGAGUGCCCACUGCAUGGCACAAACCAUGAACUCAGGGAAUGCAGAGUGUUUGGCCGACCAGAAGAGGCUGUUGCAGUUUAUGCUGUCCAUGAUGAUCAGAGUAACAAGUCCUUAGGAACCCCAGCUCUUUUUGACCAGCUGCAGAUCUCAGGAGGGUUGCGUAGUUAUUCAUUGUCUUCAUGCUCAGGGACCACUCACAUAUCAGCAAGGCAUGCUGCGGACCUCAUUGUUGAGUCUUAUGAUGGUACUCAGUCCUUUGUGCUUCCCAAAAUAAUUGAGUGUGACAUUCCUAAGAAUCGUUCUGAAAUCCCUACUCCGGACGUCGCUAUGCAGUAUGAUCACCUGAGUUCUUUAUCAGAGAAGAUUCCACCCUUGAACCCCAAAGCUGAAAUCGGUCUGCUCAUAGGCAGAGAUCUAAUUGAAGCACAUCAUGUUCAAGAUCAACUCCUGGGUUCUAAGAAUCAUCCAUUUGGCCAGAAACUACCACUCGGAUGGGUAAUCAUUGGUGAAGUCUGCCUUGGAAAAGUACAUCAGCCAAAGAGGAUAUCCGCCUUCAAGACCAACAUCAUGAACGACGGGCGGCCUACAAACUUUCUACCAUGUCCCAGUGCAAUACUCUUGAAAGAAGAAAAUCAGAUUGGUUCAGAUGUUUUCAAAAUUACAGCCCAAGACGACCGCGUUAGUUUGUCCACAGAGGACAGGGAAUUUCUUGACAUUAUGAAUGAAUCUAUGCGAAAAGACAAGGAUCAGUGGAUGGCUCCUCUCCCAUUCAAACACCCAAGACAGAGAAUGCCGAAUAACAGGUCACAAGUCUUAGGCAGGGCAAGAUCAUUUGAUGCAGCAUUAAAGAAAGACGAACGUAAACUUCAGCACAUGGUGGAUUUCAUGGAAAACAUAUUCGAUUCUCAAGCUGCGGAAGUAGCCCCUGAGCUUCCACCUGGAAAGGAAGUGUGGUACCUUCCUCUUUUUGCCAUAUACCAUCCCAGAAAACCUGAUAAAGUGAGAGGAGUUUUUGAUUCUUCUAUCAAGUAUGAAGGGUACUCUUUGAAUGAGAAUCUACUCACUGGACCAAACCAAACCAACAGUUUAUUGGGAGUACUUUUAAGAUUUCGGAGAGACAGAAUCGCAGUCACAGCAGAUAUCCAACAGAUGUUUUACUCCUUUCUAGUAAAUGAAGAACACAGAGACUUCCUACGAUUCUUCUGGUACAGAGAUAAUGACCCAAAGAAAGAGAUCAUUGAAUACCGAAUGAGAGUCCAUGUAUUUGGGAACACUCCGUCACCUGCCGUAGCUACCUAUGGCCUUAGGAAAGCAGUGGAACAUGCUGAUGAAGAUGUGAAACAUUUUGUCACCAAGAACUUUUAUGUAGAUGAUGCCCUCAUCACAGGAUCAGACUCGGAAAGCCUCACAGACCUAGUGAAAAGAACCCAGAAGGUUUUGUGGGAAAAUGGAAGAAUCCGGUUACAUAAAAUCGCUUCCAAUUCUCCAGACUUGGUGAAUGCCUUCCCAACAGAAGACCGAGAGAAAACACUCAUGAAUCUUGACCUAUUUACAGAAGAGCUUCCUACUCAAGCAUCUCUUGGAAUUUCAUGGAAUAUGGAUAAGGAUUGUUUUGGUUUCAGCCUUUUCAUUCCUGAAAGACCAUUUUCCAAACGUGGGAUUCUAUCAACCGUCAACAGUAUUUUUGAUCCUCUUGGCUUCCUAUCUCCAGUGACAGUUACCGGGAAAAUGCUAGCAAGAGAGAUGCAUGUCGAAGCUGUUGGAUGGGAUGACCCUUUGCCAGAACACCUUUGUCACCAGUGGGAAUCUUGGAAAAGUUCACUUUUCUCCUUGAGAGAAUUCCGUGUUCCAAGGAUGAUUACUGCAGUGGAUUUCAGUUUAGCAGAUUCCCUGGAGGUAUGGAUAUUCUCAGAUGCCUCCGAACGUGCCAUAUCAGCAGUUGCCUACUUGAAAGCUCGUCGUGAUACCUCCACAGAAGUAGGUUUUAUCAUGGGAAAGUCCAAACUAUCACCACCAGGUGGUGUGACCAUACCACGUUUAGAACUUUGUGCAGCUGUCUUAGCAACAGAGCUUGCAGAUACAAUCUCUGAACACCUUGACCUUCCGAUGGAAACAUUCAAGUAUUGCACAGAUAGUAGAGUCGUUCUCGGUUAUCUCUAUAACCGCACCAGACGGUUCUACACAUAUGUCAGCAACCGUGUAGCUACAAUAUUGAAACGGUCCAAGGCGUCUCAGUGGCAGUAUAUCCCCUCAGAGAAAAACCCAGCCGAUUGCGGCACAAGAUGCAAUACCCCAGUUCAGGAUUUUUCAAGUAGUAAGUGGAUUACAGGGCCAGAUUUCUUGAAAGAUGUUGUCACAGCAACAGUUGGUGAAAACUGUAGCUUUGACCUAGUUGACGAAGAUGCAGAUUGUGAAAUACGUCCAACAAUCAAUGUGAAGGCUACAGUAUUGUUAAGAAGCAUUGCUGCUAGGUUUGAAAAGUUUUCAACAUGGAAAUCUCUUGUCAGGGCAAUUUCUCUCUUGAAGAGGUUUUGCAGAGCCUGGAAGGAAAAGAAGCAAAUGUCUCCUAAAGACCCUAGUGAUACCGAAGCUACGGAGAUAUUCCUAAUAAAGAAAGCACAGGAAGAUGCCUUCAGAGAAGAAAUUAGCAUGGUGGAAAAGAAAGCCAGUGUACCUGCAGACAGCAAAUUGACAACACUAUCACCAGUACUAGAUGACCAACACAUUCUGCGUGUUGGAGGACGCCUCAGCAAUGCUCCUUUGGAGAAAGGUCAAAAGCAUCCGAUUAUUAUCCCAAAGAAAUCUCACAUAGCAAACUUACUUGUGAAUCACUACCAUUCAAUUUCUCAUCACCAAGGAAGACAUGUGACAGAGUCAGCACUUCGCUCCAAGGGAUUUUGGAUAAUUGGAGCAAAAAGACUAAUUUCUUCAAUCUUGUACAAGUGCGUUAUAUGUCGUAAAUUGCGAGGCAAGUUCUUGAACCAACGCAUGGCUGAUUUACCUGAGGAUAGAGUUACCCCAGGGCCUCCUUUCACAGCAGUUGGAAUUGAUGUUUUCGGUCCAUGGCCUGUGGUCACACGCAGAACAAGAGGUGGUCAGGCUGAAAGUAAAAGGUGGGCCCUGAUUUUUGGUUGUUUAGUUACCAGGGCAGUGCACAUAGAAGUUAUAGAAGAAAUGAGUUCUUCGUCCUUCAUCAAUGCACUUAGACGUUUCGUAGCCAUCCGUGGACCAGUGAAAAUGAUCAGAUCGGAUCGUGGCACAAAUUUCAUAGGUGCUCUGGAUCAGAUUAAAGCCACAGGUAUCUUUGUUGAAAAUGGUCCAGUGCAAGAAAGCCUUCAUGACAUGGGAAUUGUGUGGAAGUUCAAUCCCCCGCAUGCAUCACACAUGGGUGGAGCCUGGGAACGUCUUAUUGGUCUCGCCAGAAGAAUACUCGAUGCUAUGUUUUUAACCAGCCAUACCCAAAAGCUUACUCAUGAAGUUCUAGUUACCUUUAUGUGUGAAGUUAGUGCUGUCAUUAAUUCUCGACCUGUGGCUCCCAUUUCCUAUGAUCCAGAGGACCCAGAAAUCAUCACGCCAGCAAUGUUGCUUACACAGAAGAAGGAGCCAUUACCUACCCCAACCACAUCAACAGAUAUGAGAGAAAUAUACCAGUCACAAUGGAAGUAUGUGCAGAUCCUUUCUAAUACAUUCUGGAAGCGAUGGAGAGAUGGUUAUCUCCAGUCAUUACAAAAGCGAGGGAAAUGGACAGCUUUGCAGAAAGACUUGAAAAUCGGUGACAUUGUGCUGCUCAGAGACUGUGAGUUACAUCGAGGCAGUUGGCCAAUGGGAGUAGUAGAAGAUGUUUUUCCCAGUGGAUGUGACAGUAAAGUCAGAACUGUGGAGGUCAGAACAGUGAAAGAUGGAAAAUCUGUGAAAUAUGUCAGUCCAAUAUGUGAACUUAUUCUUUUGAUUGACAGUUGGUAAAGUUGCGAACAUGUAGGAGGGAUUUAAUAGCAAAACACUACAAAUUUAGUGGCUCAGUUAAGUUCUAAACUUGGUAUAUGUUGUGCAUUCUAUUUUAUAGUUGACUUUUAUUGUAGUAGUUAAAUAGUGAUAUCAAUCAGAUAUCAGGCGAGGAGUGUGUUGUUACAGGCCUUCGUAUUUGACCUAGUUUUUCAUGUCGAGGCUCCAUGCUCGCUCAUCAUCAGCCGCUCGUGAACUGUACAGAGUUUUUUCUAAAGAUAGGCCACACACACCUUUUUUACCACAUUCCUUUGUUGGAAAUAAAGAUAGCUGUAUCAAAAAAACAAAGAGAGGGUUAUCUUCUUGUUUUCCGGAAACAAGACA